AUAAUAUUCCAAGGGUGUCUUUGUGAAUAAAACACUGGCUUGCAAUGCCUUCUUCCUUUACUGUAGAUUUUCUCUGUGACUUGGGGGAAGUGGCUGUAGUGCAGAUUUUCAAACUGGAGUGCGUGACUCCAGUUUUAAGCACUUAACUCCUGUUUUUCGUAAUCUUCAAGUCGCAUCUGAGGAUGAGACUGAAGAUGCCCAGCUACCUCAAGUCAUGUGUACACAAUGGAGAAUAUUCAGAGUGUGGCCCUUCCUAGGAAUGUUGCUUUUAACAAGUUGGCAUUGAAACUAGGUUUAUAUGGGCCGAAUCUGGAGGAAAGCCUUUUUUUCCACUGUGGCAUCUAACUGGAAAAUUUGGAUAUGGUUUGCUGUCAGCAGCAAGUAGUUGCUGCAAUUAGAGACACGUUAUUAAAGAAAAGAAAAUAAGUGGUUGCAUGUGAUAGCCCAUUAGCAAGGGGCAAUGAGCAGGGUUUUCAUGCUCCAGGAUCGGUUUGGGAAUUUCACUCCUGGGGAAGGAGGAGCAGAGGGAGCUUGGUGGGGAAGGACUGGAAACAGCAGAAGCUGAUGCCUGGUCAGGAGACCUCUCCUUCCUCUAACAUCUACAAGUUGGAACCAAUAAAUGAGGGUCUGCUCGCUAGAAUCUCGGAUCUCUUGCUGUGCCGGUGGACUUGUAGAAAUUGUUGUCAGAAGUGUUUCGACUGUAGCUGUUGUCAAACAAAUGAAGAUGAAGUUGAAAUCCUGGGACCUUUUCCUGCUCAAACUCCAGCCUGGCUGAUAAACAGCCAAAAUGAGGACAAAGAUGGAGACUCUGAUAAUACAAUCAGUGAGCUGCCUCCCACUCUUCAGCAUGUUUCCCCUGACAGAAGGCGGUCGUCUUCAGAUGCAUCACGGUCCGCUUACAGCCUCACGAGGCGGAUUUCAAGUUUAGAGUUGAGGAGGCCAAGUUCUCCGUUAAUUGACAUUAAACCUAUCGAGUUUGGAAUAAUAGGAGCUAAGAAAGAAGUAGUUCAGCCAACUGUCCUGCGAAAAACCUAUACCCCAGAUGACUAUUUUAGAAAAUUUGAACCAAGACUCUACUCUCUUGACUCAAAUAGUGAUGAUAUGGACUCCUUGACAGAUGAGGAGAUCUUAUCAAAGUAUCAACUGGGCAUGCUGCAUUUUAGCACGCAGUAUGAUCUUUUGCAUAAUUAUCUAAUAGUGCGAGUCAUUGAGGCUAAAGAUCUGCCUCCUCCAAUUUCUUACGACGGUUCAAGGCAAGACAUGGCUCACUCCAACCCCUACGUGAAGAUCUGCCUUCUUCCUGAUCAGAAGAACUCCAAGCAGACUGGAGUGAAACGCAAAACGCAGAACCCCGUGUUUGAAGAGAGGUACACAUUUGAAAUCCCCUUUUUAGAAGCCCAGAGAAGAACUCUGCUUUUAACCGUAGUGGAUUUUGACAAAUUCUCACGCCAUUGUGUUAUUGGCAAAGUGUCAAUGCCCUUGAGUGACGUAGACCUUGUGAAAGGCGGACACUGGUGGAAAGCCCUUGUGCCUAGUUCUCAGAAUGAAGUGGAGCUAGGAGAGCUGCUGUUGUCACUAAACUACCUACCCAGCGCGGGAAGACUGAACGUGGACAUCAUUAGAGCAAAACAGCUUCUUCAGACAGACAUGAGCCAGGGUUCAGAUCCUUUUGUGAAAAUUCAGCUUGUUCAUGGAUUAAAAUUAACAAAAACCAAGAAGACCUCCUGCAUGCGGGGGACGAUAGAUCCCUUCUACAAUGAGUCCUUCAGCUUCAAGGUUCCACAGGAAGAACUGGAGAAUGCCAGCCUAGUGUUCACAGUGUACGGGCACAACGUGAAGAGCAGCAACGACUUCAUUGGGAGGAUCGUGAUCGGGCAGUACUCGACAGGUGCCCCCGAGUCCAACCACUGGCGCCGGAUGCUCAACGCGCACCGGACGGCCGUGGAGCAGUGGCACAGCCUGCGGUCCCGGGAGGAGUGCGACCGUGUCUCUCCGGCAUCCCUGGAGGUAACAUGAGGUGGGGGACUAACAGCAGCCAGACCAAGCAAGCGGACGAGGAAAAAAAAAAUAAACCACCGACCGAAACACCCCACCUCACACCCUACACGCACCCCACAGCAGCUCCGUUGGAUUGAAGCGGCUGCCGGCACCCAACCAGCCGCGCUGGCCUCGGCGAACCACGUCCCGCCGGGUCCUGGCCGUUCCCCUGGGGCCACCAGUGGCCCGGCUGGCCGGCCCUCUCGCUGCUCGCACCCGGCACCGCUCAGCUGUUUGCGUCCCACGUGGUGGAGCGCGUGGCCGGGCUGCGCGUGGAGGUGCCGCGGGAAGCGCUGAGCGGGUGGAGGAGUUGGGAGUUGCCUCCGCCGUCCUUCCAGUCCAAAUCCAUGGCUCAUCCUCUCGGAGAUAUAAGUACCCGUGUGCUCUCGUUGGUGAACGUGGUAAUUAGGCUAGAAUAUUUUUUUAAACGGUAGAACCUGUGGUGAAAUCGAUUCUGACUCCAGUUUUGUCCUUGUACUAGUUGCAACAGAAUUAAGCUCCUGUUCGUACGUACGCGUGCAUUUGUGUGCUGGGGCACACGUGUGGCCGUGCAGCCCCGCGUCAAACGGAUCCGAUGUCACGUCAGCGGUGAGACCUGCCACUCUCGAUAGCAGUCUGUGUGCGUCAAGUAGAUACAGUAAUGAUAUAGCAAAGUAAACAUUUCCAAUAGCAUUUGUACCAGGAAAGCCAGCUCGUGUCUUUUCAAACCUGUGUUGUGCAAAAGAAACCUGCUGCGGGGACUUUUGCAAUUAAGAAGACCCAAAAUACACAAUUUUAAUUCUCUCACAGACUGCAGUGGCUCUUUCUGUGUUGUGUGUGUUAACCCAGGUAGUUCUCCAGGCCACCAAGUGAACUUAGCUACGGUCAAGCUGUCCUGUUGGUUGCUUCUGUACAUUUUAUUUUUUCACAGCAUAUUGUCUGGUAUGAUGCAGAUUGUAUAUUUAUUGAAAAUAAAAUUCUAUUUAAUUGUGCCA